AUGGGUCUAGCAUACAACACGUAUCUCAACAGCAGCAGGAUCUACGGAUGCAAGAACUGCAAGGCGCACCUCGCGAACCAUGAGGAAAUAAUCAGCCGUAACUUCCGAGGCCAACACGGCAAGGCGUACCUCUUCAACACGGUGGUAAACAUCGACUCGGGCGAGCCGUCGGAGCGUAGCAUGACGACGGGCCGCCACGUCGUGCGCGACAUCACCUGCCGCCAGUGCAAGGACACGGUCGGCUGGAAGUACGACAAGGCCUUCGAGACCACCGAGAAGUACAAGGAGGGAAAGUUCAUUCUCGAGGCCGAGCUGCUGUGUAAUGUCAGCUAG